GCAUAGCCACCGAGAAAGCGCCUUAAUAAAGAGUCGUGUCAAGUGAUUGGCUGUGACCUCUGCCCUUCUAGCCUCGAGCCGGGGGCUCCUGCUUAACCCUUCAUUGUCCGUCCAAUGUUUGGAGAGGAAUGAAUGAGUUGCCUUGUGCUCACUUCAGGCGUCCCCAGGCACUGCUCGAACCCAGGGCUGAGUCAAGGGGUAGAGAACAGAGCGGCACCUCCCAGUCACCCAAAGGAACGCUUGAAUUCCGUGCUGUUCCAUUGGGUCCAUUUCGACUGCUGGUUGCCGGGGCCCCAAUUCUUGCAUGAGUGGGGUCUCCAGAUGUCUGGCGCCGAGCUGUCCAGAGCACCGAGUCUGGUAGAGGACUAGUAGAGGGCUGGUGAAAUGGGACCUGUGUUCGCCCUGCAGGCCGAGAGACCGGAGCAACCAUGACCCAGGCAGGCUAACUGUGCCCUGGGCUUGCCAGAGGCACAAACCUCGUUCUUGUCUUCUGAUGCUUCCCCAUCCGCCUACUGAUGCGGGAGAAGGGUAUCUUGGCCCUUAGAGAACCCUGGACCCACCCACAGUUCUAGAAACAGGCGGGAUUCCGGAAAGGAUGGGGGUGAAGUGGUCACAGAGCAGGGCCCCCAGGUGGUGCGGAAGGCGGGGCGGGGGCGGGGCCGUCUCAUGCACCAGCUGGGUAUAAAAGCCUAGAGCUCUGGCGCCCAGCGGCUGUGCAAUUGUCCUCCACGCGGCUUGGUUCCCAGGUGGAAGGAUCUGUUCUGCAAAGGGGACAGCAAGAUACCUUUAGGCUAAAGGACUCGGCGUCCAGUAUUCUAGUUGAAGAUCUAAAGAGAAAGCCACCUUGCUGCCACUAUGCCUAACUUUUCUGGCAACUGGAAGAUCAUCCGAUCGGAAAACUUUGAAGAAAUGCUAAAAGCUCUGGGGGUGAACAUGAUGAUGAGGAAGAUUGCUGUGGCUGCAGCCUCCAAGCCAGCAGUGGAGAUCAAACAGGAGAAUGAUGACACUUUCUACAUCAAAACCUCCACCACUGUUCGAACCACGGAGAUUAACUUCAAGAUCGAGGAAUUUGAGGAGCAGACUGUGGAUGGGAGACCCUGUAAGAGUUUGGUGAAAUGGGAGAGUGAAAACAAAAUGGUGUGCGAACAGAGGCUUCUGAAGGGGGAGGGCCCCAAAACCUCCUGGAGCCGAGAACUGACCAAUGAUGGAGAGCUAAUCCUGACCAUAACAGCGGACGACGUUGUAUGCACCAGGGUCUACGUCCGAGAGUGAGUGCCUAUGUCCAAGAACUUCUUCUGGAGGCCACAAACCUCCCUCCCAUGUCCAUUUUACAAACUAGCUCUCCCCUUACUCCUGAGGGUCACUCUCUAUGCCAGAGAGGGGCAGACUACCAAAGCUCAGAACCCUUCCAUUUGCCUGGUCAGAAGUCCCAGCUCCAUACCAGGAUCCUUCCUGGAAGAGACUGUCUCUCUGGCCUCUACUCUUUAUCCUUGUAGUCCAAGUGAUUUGGAAUAUUUAUUGAUUAAUUUUAUUAAAAUGUUUUAAAAUGUAAAA